AUGCCUCGCGCCAAUAUGCUCCAGGAUUCGUAUAUUACAUUGACACCCACAGCGGCAUUGAAUAGCUAUCGAGGAAGUGCACACGCUGUACCAAUUAGUGACUUACUGGUCCGUAAACGGGCGGCUGCCGCUAAACGCAAAGCUUUGAUCGAAACGACAAAGGGACAAGAAUUAGAAGACGGUACUGAUCGAUAUUCAUCGUGGACAGAAACUGAUCGUAGCUCCGAGGUCGGAAAUGAUGAUGAACCUCUAGAUGAAGAUGACAAGGUUUCGACCGAAUCAGGCUCAGAAUCAGAUUCUGAGGAUAAAGAAGAAAAAGAAGAAGAAGACGAGGAGGUUGUGGAGGAAAAAGAAGUCAACAUACCGACGUAUGUGUGUGAAUUACAUGACCCUAAACCGGUCCUUAUUGCCGAGCAGAUUUCGUGCAAUCGUGUGAAUAUUAAACCAUGUGAAACAACUGGAAGACUUGAAGGAUUGUCUGAAACUGCAGUGUUUCGUUAUGAGAUUUCAGUGGGACGUGCACAGCAGAUCUUUGAGUGUACACCGUCUACGACAUUGGAAAUAAUUGAGAAAUUAUCCAAGGACAAGAAUUGUGCAGAUCAAUUGCGUUUCAUCGAGAGGAACUGCUUAAAAGGUGGCAUUAUUGGAUCAUUGAAACGCAUGUACGCAUCAACUGUACAGGUUUCGACGGAAGUACGAGACGUGCUGGAAGCCAUUUCCGACGUCGAUACCGUACUCAUGAACCCGACGUAUCGGAAUCUCGUUGGUGCGACGAAAGGGUCUACACUGUGUCGUGAGAUUGAAAAGCUCUUGGAAUCGCACAAUAACACACAGCACGUUGGUUCGUCGUGCAUGUGCGACACAUACUACAGGUCUGUUGAACGCUAUGGCGAGUUUUACCAAGAGCAGGCACUGACAGCAAAUCAGGUCCGUCAGUCGACCGUGGCCAGCGAGACGCUCAUGAGGUCUCGCGGUGUGCUUUCGUACUACACAGAUACAAUCUACGUCAUGGACAAACGCGAGUUUCGACCCACGCACGGACUGAAGCGGUGCAAGGUCUACGGCUUUGGUCGCCGCAAAUUGUUCGAGAUCGUGCGGACAUCUCGCAAGCAAUGGUCACUGCGCCACGUGAAUUACGGUGAGAUUUUCACGCUGUCGCUGAAGAAAUACGUGGGCGGCGUGCACCACAUGGUAGCAGUGAAGCGCAUGGUGCCAAACUUACAGAACGGUGGACUGCGGCAGGAGAUCGUAUGUUUUGUGAAAAAGUCAAAAAGUCAGGGAUACCGUUGUUUGCUCAUGUCGGAGAUUAUUUCACAGGGUAAAGUGACGACGUCCAUUUCGAUCCAAAAACCGACGCCACCGCCAGGAGAUUCCAACUUCCACUACAUGACCAUAAGCGAGGUGUCCGGUCUAUCGCCUGCUUCAAUUUGCAGCAGCACAUUAAGCGUCCCGAGCGAACGCUACAAGUAUCUCCAGCAUUUGAAUGUGAGUGGUGGUAGUGACGUGGUGACGUACAUUGCACUUGCCGUAAGCUAUGACAUCCUUGUCGGUGCUUUAAGCUACUGGAUGGAUCGCAAGUAUUAG